AAGAUGUCAUGUUUUAGGAAAUUAGUUCAGAACAUAUCGGCAAAAUGUGGCGGCUAGGCGUAUUGUUGUUAGGGACCAUCUUAUUAGAGUUUGCAGCUGCUGAUGUUAAGCCCACAGAAGCCCUCCUUAUCCAGCGAUUAAAGCGCUCUCCAGACUCAUGUGACAACUACGACUACUACCCACACCGGCGGGAGAGGUACUGGCCCCCACCACCACCAGGGCCACCACCCCCACCAUUCUGGCCACCACCCCCUCCCCCACCUGGGCCACCAGGACCACCAGGACCACCUUUCUGGCCACAUCAUCAUCAUCGUGACCGCUUCGAGGAAAUCUAUGAUGCCGCGUCAAGAAGGGACGAUGAACCAUGUUCUACGUGCCCAGGGGGUAAAGACACUUCAUCAGCUCUUAGUAAUGCUAAGAGUCAGAAUGGAGACGCUAUCGCGAUAGCUGUGGCUAAAGCUAGUCCUAAAUCAUGAGGUUUCUUGGCUGUUAUUGAAAUAUUAUGUGUACGUAGGUGUGUUUAAACCAAACGAGCGAAUGUUAAAUUAUAAGAACAAGGAAAUAAUGGUCUGUAUCUCUGUAAACAUUUUAAGAAUUAUAUAGAUAAAGUUAAAAUGCUACGAGAGUAUUCUUGUUUGGUUCAUUUGGUCUAAACACGCUUGUACCUCUAUCUGAUGCCGGUUGAGCGUGACGUGCAAUUGUUUUUAAACGUGUUGCUGUCACGAGCAAUUUUUUAAAAGACCUUUCUGCAUUUGAUGCUCAUCUGUCAUUAUUCUUUGUUAAGUUUAUAAGUCUACAAAUAAAAGUCUGUUUAGUUAAUAAAGUGAUUUUGUUUUAUUUUUAGUUUACUAUAAUGGGUAUGUUACUUCU